UUAUCCGUUGCCUCAUUUAUAAAUGCCUACUCGCGCUAGUUGGUAGUGCGCUGCUUCUUGUUGAUUCUGUGCUCUAAACGUUACUGUGACGAUAAAGGAGCCAAUUGUGGCUAUAAAUGUUUAUUACCUACCAUGGAUAUAUAAUAUUUACUAAUUUGUGUUAAGAAUGUACUUUUAUAUGAUCGAAAAUUUUGUCUAAACCCAAACAUAAAAAUGAUUCUUGUUCAUUUUCACAGAAAAAUGUGGGCCUUGCGAGAUUGCUAUUAAACGAACCAGAGCUUACUGCACCAGUAAUUUUGGUGAGUCAAUUCAGUGUUAUUAUAUCUCAGUUUAACCAUUUCUAGUGGCAACUCAGCAAUUAAAGGAUCUCAGUACAAGGGGAAAGAUAUGUCAUUAUAAUCGGCGUCUUCUUUAGACGCGUUGUUGAAUUUCGUCAAUAAAAGGCGGGAAACAGUUUUUUUUUUUUUUUAAGAACGACUGGCCCAUAACUCUACGCGCACCGCGCACAACCGAGGGACGCCUGAGGACGAAAUAGGAUUCUUUAAGAAAAAAAAAUAAUGUAGAUCCACUUCUAAUGCAUUUUGUUGUUGUUGUUGUUGUUUUCUCUCAUUCUAUUGCAGUGAUUCAUGUCGAGAUCUUGUCGGAGGCUAUGAACGAAUUUAAUCACGACGCAAACUAUCGCGUCCGCUUAAUUCACACCUUCAAGUUGACAAGUGGAGUAACAACAGUAAGAAGUGUCUGGAUUCUAGGAAAUCAAUGUCACUGUCCUCUACUUCUCCCUGGGAAACAGUACCUCUUGAUGGGUCGGCUGGGAACGCGCGCGGGCUCAUCUGAGCCGAUAGCAGAGAUAAAUCGACAAAGUUACGUCGAAGUAUGGAAAGCAUCAAUGAUUCGUCGACUGCCAGCCUUAAUGAAAAGAUGUCCCUUGAAGACAACACAAUCUUCCUCGCUUGCAAGACAGACCACCGGGUUAACAACGGCCGCUGUUCCAUCAACAACGGGACCACGAACAUCAACAGAGAAGAUUUCAAGUCAAUUUCCCACCACCACACAACCAGCAUCAACACCACCAGUAAAGUGCCGCCGACCCUGCCGAAUAACAAAGAAACGAAACAAGAGCUACUGCGAAAGUGAUUUUGUUGUACGAGCAAGAAUAUUGCGAGCAUCGUUCAAUGAUAAUCAUCGAGAAAGAAAAUACCUGGUGAGGAUCAUUAAAGUGUUCAAAAGCAUUGUGGACCUCCAAGUACGGGAGAACAUUUUCGUGGUAAAUGAUGUUUGCCAGUGUCCGAAAUUGGAACUUCGAAAACAGUAUGUAAUCAUGGGAACAGUGGAGACUAUGUCCAUCACUGAUAUUCGGCUGGUAAUUCCCCCAAGACCGUUUGUUUGGAUGUGGAAAUCAAGGAUGGAAGCAGGACUUGCAUCAGUUUCCUGUGGUACCUGAAGAGACUCGAAUUUGAUCUGCAGAAAUAUUCAUUCGUAGGAGUAUAUGGUGGUGUAUUGUCUCUGCCCC